AUGGAAAAUCCAGUGGCUCCGACGACCUCGGAAAGCAACCGUGGAGCGAAUAGACGCAGAAGAAGGGGCGGUCAACGACAAACCCGCCCACAAGCACAGACACAGCCUCUCGAUCAGACACAACAGCCGUCCAACCCAAAUCCUCAACCUCAUCCCCACAUCGUCGGCGCAAGACCGUUUGGCGGCCAGCUCACAAGACUACACGGUGAUGCACCAGCAUUUAUCCCAGCAUCUCUACCUCCUCCCUCCACAUUGGCCGCCCCAGCACCACCCGGAAAAUCCAAUCGAAACCACCAGAGAAAGACCCCCGCAGCCUCUCGACCACACCCGCCCGACAAGCCUCAACCGAGACGGGGGUCAAUAGCACGCUCGACGGCGCCUGACAUUGUCACUAGAAUCCACGAAGACAUCUCGCAUAACGUCUAUGAAUGUGCCAUCUGCACCAAUGAAGUCAGUCGCAACUCCAAAAUCUGGUCAUGCAAGACAUGUUGGACUGUGUUCCAUAUUGGUUGUAUCAAGAAAUGGUCCAAGAAUGAAGGGUCGGCGGUUCACCGUCCACCGGGCCAAGAUGAUGAUGAAGCUCAAGUAGGCAAACAAUGGAGGUGUCCCGGCUGCAAUCUACCAAAAGAUAUCACGCCUACAUCCUACACCUGUUGGUGCGAGAAAGAGAUAGACCCAAAGACCAUCCCCGGUCUCCCUCCUCACUCGUGCGGCCAGACUUGUGGCAGAGAGCGAAAGUUCCCAAAACCAUGUCCCCAUCCUUGCGACCUUCUCUGCCAUGCUGGUCCUUGCCCGCCCUGCUCUGCCAUGGGGCCAAAGCAAAGUUGUUUCUGUGGCAAGGAGGAAACUACCCUACGAUGUCUAGAAACAAACUACGACUCAGGCUGGAGCUGCGGCGCUGUUUGCGGUGAUCUAAUGCCCUGCGGCCAGCACACGUGCCAACGACCUUGCCACGAGGGCCUUUGUGGGGCAUGCCCUGUAGAGGUCAACGCUCGCUGCUACUGUGGCAGAGUCGAAAAGAUGCUCCAGUGUCACGAUCAGGAGGAAGAGAAGGAGAGCUCAACAUGGACAGGAACUUUUGAUUGCGGCGGGAUUUGUGCCAGGGCUUUGGAUUGUGGGGUUCACACUUGCCAAAAGUCAUGUCAUCCACACGAAAUGGCCACUCCCCAUUGUCCUCGAUCUGUGGAUAUGGUGACACACUGUCCCUGUGGGAAAACCGCUCUCGUCUCACUCAAGACUACCCCACGGCAGAACUGUACCGACCCGAUACCCUGUUGCAAGGAAGUCUGUGGACGACAACUAAAGUGCGGUCACCAGUGCUUGGACAAGUGCCACCCAGGAGAUUGCAACCCGUGCUCUCUGGAAAUUGCGACCACUUGUCGCUGUGGCCGCAACCAGUUCAAUGUGAUUUGUCACGACAGAAUCACCGAACCCCCUCAGUGCAAUCGAUCAUGUAAAGCCACUUUGAAUUGUGGCAGACAUGACUGCGGCGAAAAAUGCUGCACGGGGGACCGUAAGGCCGCGGAGAGACAGGCAACUAAGCGGAAGCUGAAGACUCUGGAUGUGUUAACUCGAGCUCUCGAUGAAGACAUCGAAGCCGAACACAUCUGUACUCGGGUUUGUGGUCGGAAACUCAAGUGUGGCAACCAUACAUGCCCUGAUCUGUGUCACCGCGGACCAUGCGGCAGUUGUAAGGAGGCUAUAUUCGAUGACAUCUCGUGCACCUGUGGUCGAACCGUCCUUCAGGCGCCGCUUCCAUGCGGGACACAGCCACCACCGUGCAACUUCCCAUGCAACCGAAGCAAAGAUUGCGCACACCCUCAGGUGGCUCACAAUUGUCACUCAGAUGAUGAGGAAUGCCCCAAAUGUCCUUUUCUGACCGAGAAACAAUGCCUGUGCAGCAAGAAAACACUCAAAAACCAGCCGUGUUGGCGAGCCGACGUUCUUUGUGGACUGAUCUGCGGCAGGACCUUGAAAUGUGGAUCUCACCAGUGCCGGAAAACGUGUCACAGACCUGGAGAGUGUGAAGAUGCUCAGCAACACUGUCAACAGGAGUGCGGCAAGGCCAAAAAAUCGUGUGGACAUCCCUGCGAGCAGACAUGUCAUGCGCCGUCUGCUUGCAAAGAAGAAAAGGCGUGCCCAUUCAAGGUUAUGAUCACAUGUGACUGCCAGCGGAAAAAAGAAGAGGUCCGAUGCAACGCCCGCGCUGGGAUGGCCGAAGCAUCGGGUCGUCAAAACUCACUGAAAUGCGACGAUGAGUGUGCACGACUGGAACGCAACCGUAACUUGGCACGGGCUUUGCAUGUCUCAGAUGACCACACAGAUGAUCAUGUUCCAUAUUCGACGACCACACUCACCAUGUACCUGGAAGAUGUUGCAUGGGCGCACAAGCAGGAAGCAAUCCUGCGAGUCUUUGCUGCCGAUGACCAAGAGAAGAGAUACCGAUUCCCACCAAUGAGGAAUCAUCAGCGAGCGUUUAUCCACAGCCUUGCCGAGGAUUUUGGGUUUGAUGGGGAAAGUCUCGAUCCAGAACCGCACCGACACGUACUCUUGUUCAAGACACCCAAGUUUGUCUCGGCUCCGAUGAAGACGCUUGCACAAGCUGCGCGGAUCAAACGACCACAACUUAACGUCUCGGCGCCUGUCCAGGCUACGAAACCGCCAAAACCGGCGGAUGAGGCGAGGUACGAUUACAACGGACUGCUUCUGGAACAGCCAAAGUUCGGGCUGACAGAAGAUGAGGUUCACCGGGUGAUUCAAAAGACAAGCCCAACCAUGGACUUUGAUACUAUAUUCUUGCCAAACGAUCAGGGGGUGGCACUGCUCCUGUUGAAUCGAUGGGAAUCACCUACACAACUGACAGGUCUCUUGAGCGAGAUGCGGCCGACAGUUGCUGAGGCCAUCAGCAAAGAUAGUCUUGCUUCAUCGGUGACGCUGGCGAUGUUUGAUUUGUCUGGCUUGGAGCCGAAGAUAGUGCAUCAGGCUGGCAAAUCAGGCGCCAAUGUGGCCCACGGGUGGUCUCAAGUGGCAGCAAAGAGAGCUGCUCCAAUGCAAGCUCCGCAGAUCAAGCCUGUGGGUCAGCGACCAAUCUACACAGUAUUGGGCAGUCGACUUGCAGAAGCGAAAAAGAAGAAACAGGAGAAUGAGGAAUUGCUCAGGAGGAAGAUGGCUCAAGAAGAGGUUGUUGAUGAUUGGGAAAAGGAGGCUGAGCUGGAUGAGGGUGGCGGCGACGGUGGAGAAGCAGAAGCGAGGACAGAUGGUGGCUUCGGCGACGAUACAGUGGGAAAUAGUGUGCAGAAGGUGUGA